AAAAUGGGGAGAUCACGAAGUGGUUAUGAUGAGAGUGGGUUGAAGAAAGGUCCAUGGACACCGGAAGAGGAUAGAAUAUUGGUGGAUUACAUAAACAAAAACGGCCAUGGAAGUAAUUGGCGAGCGCUUCCUAAGAUUGCAGGUUUAAACAGAUGUGGAAAGAGUUGCAGGCUGAGGUGGACUAACUACCUCAGGCCUGAUAUCAAGAGAGGAAAAUUCUCUCAAGAAGAAGAGAAACUCAUCAUCAACUUACAUCAACUUCUUGGCAAUAAGUGGUCAGCAAUAGCAAGUCAUCUACCAGGAAGAACUGACAAUGAAAUCAAGAAUUUCUGGAACACUAAUCUUAGAAAGAAGCUUCUAAGAAUGGGGUUAGAUCCAGUGACUCAUCGUCCAAGAUUAGAUCAUAAUCAUAAUCAUAAUCAACUUCAACUUCUUUCCAAUCUUCAACACUUGCUUCUUGCUGCAAACAUUCUCAACAAUAACAACAAUAAUAAUGCUCUAUUAAGUACUCUUCUUAUUAACUCUGAUAAUGCCAAACUCCAAAUCCUCCAAAAUAUGCUUCAAAUCCUUGCUACUACUACUACUAAUAAUAAUAAUCUUGCACCAAACUUGGAGCCACUACUCAAUCAUCAACAAUUUGGUCCAUUAACCUCAUCAUCAUCAUCAUCAUCAGUUCCAAAUGGUUUUUAUGAAUCUUUAGGGUUGAAUGAAUCUAUGCUCCAAAACCUUAUUUGCAGUAAUGAUUCUUUCCCUUGUCAAAAUCAGCCCAAUUUCCAAAACUUUGAAGCUCCUCCUCAUGAUGAUAAUGUUAAUAAUAAUAAUGAGAAAGUUGUUGUUGAUGGCACAAAUUCUUCUUCUCCUACAACACCAUUGAAUUGUUAUUCACUUCCAAAUCUGGUUUCAGCCUCAUCACCUCAUCAUGCAUGUUCCAACAAAGUAAAUAAUAAUAAUAAUAAU